GUAAUUACACUUUUUAUUAUAGAAGAAAGAUGGGAUUAAGGUCCAUUUUUGUUUAUUUUUGACAAAAUAUUGAUCUUUGUUAUAUAUAUAGAUCAAGAAAUUAAACGGGUCUUAUUCUGUCUUCACUCUCCUAAUUCCCUCCCUCCAACUCCCACCGUAAUACGCACUCCCUCCGCCCUCCCCCACCGCCGUUCCUCGCCGUCGCGCCUCCCAUUGCGUCAUCUUCUUCUUCCAAGCUCCAGCUUCCAGAUGAGUGUAGUGACAGAUUCUCCUGUACAUUCUUCUGGAAGUGAUGACUUCAUUGACUAUCUCAAUGAAGCUUUAGAUGCAAGUUCACCCAACUCAUCGUCGGAUGAAGAAGCUGAAAACCAAGAUGAGUUUGAGGAUCUCAGCAGAAAUAAAAGACGGAAGCUUGAGAGCACUGAAGAAACUGAGGGGUCUACUUCAGAAGGAAUCGUGGAACAUAAAUUAGUUGUUGCAGAGUCAUCCAUCGUGAAGGUAGAUGGGUGUACACAUCCUGGCACAUUUGGAAAGUUGUGUAUAUCUUGUGGAGAAAUUUUGGAUGGGGAAUCUGGUGUGACAUUUGGGUACAUACACAAGGGACUGAGACUUCACGAAGAGGAAAUUUCUAGACUGCGCAAUACAGAGAUGAAUACAUUUCUAUUUAGUAAAAAGCUUUUCUUGGUUCUUGACCUAGAUCACACGCUGCUAAAUACCACUAUCCUUGGUCAAUUGAGCUCAGAAGAGUUGCAUUUACUUAACGAGACAGAUUCUCUAGAAGAUGUAGCCAAAGGUAGCCUCUUCAAAUUGGAGCAUAUGCAUAUGAUGACCAAGUUGCGGCCAUUCGUCCGUACAUUCCUUAAAGAAGCUAGUGCAAUGUUUGAGAUGUACAUCUACACCAUGGGUGAUAGGCCCUAUGCAUUGGAGAUGGCCAAGUUGCUGGAUCCUCAAGGAGAAUACUUCAAUGCUAAAGUGAUUUCUCGAGAUGAUGGGACUCAAAAGCAUCAAAAGGGUCUUGAUGUUGUGUUAGGCAGAGACAGUGCUGUCUUAAUUCUUGAUGAUACAGAACACGCAUGGAUGAAGCAUAAAAACAAUCUGAUACUGAUGGAAAGAUACCAUUUUUUCGCUUCAAGUUGCCGGCAGUUUGGCUUCAAUUGCAAAUCUCUUGCUGAAACGAAGAGCGAUGAAAAUGAAACAGAUGGAGCACUUGCAAAAAUACUUGAAGUGCUCAAGCAAGUCCACUGCACGUUCUUUGAGAAACUUCAAGGAGAUCUCGUUGACCGAGAUGUGAGGCAGGUUUUGUCAUCAGUUCGUGGUGAAAUUUUAAGUGGGUGUGUGAUCAUUUUCAGCCGUAUUAAUCAUCUUGCAUUACCAACUCUCAAGAGGAUUGCAGAGCAAUUGGGAGCUACUUGUUUGACAGAACUUGACCCCACUGUGACCCAUGUAGUUGCUACUGAUGCUGGGACUGAGAAGGCACGAUGGGCAGUUAAAGAAAAGAAAUGUUUGGUUCAUCCCCGUUGGAUAGAGGCUGCAAAUUACUUUUGGGAGAAGCAACCGGAGGAGAACUUCUUCAUAAAAAAGACCACUACUCAGUCGUAGUAUAGCACUGCUCUAUCAUCUAUUGGAGAUGAAUGAAUCAAAAACUUAUCUUUUAACUUCUUUUUCUUGGUAGAAGCAACCUGGGGAGAACAAUUUGCUUGUUUUCAUUGCUCCUCCUGUUUUAACUUUACUUUCCUUCGUUCCAAUACAAGCUUGGUCUUUUAUGACAAUAUUUGAGUUUAUGAAACCAAGGAACGUAAGGUUACAAAUGCUAUUGCAAUUAUAACAUGUAUAGUAUAGUAUAGUAGUAUUUCUUUGUAUUUACAUUUAUUUAUCCCUAUCUUCAAAUGCUAAUUGUGGUUGGGAAAAUCAACUGACAUAAUCUUGCAGCAAAGUUUUGCAUAUGAAUUUUGAUAUUUGUAAUAUGAAUCUUCUUGAUCACAUAGCAUCUAAUAGGUGUUUGCCUUGCAAA